GCGAGUAGAGGUAUAGUUGAUUUAAAUACAACGGAGUUGUUGAUCACUAUUUCGUUGUUUGUUUUAAUUCGUUUUACUUAUUUUAAAUAUCGUUAAAAAUCAAAUUUUAUACAAAAUAAUACAAAGCACAAUAUUUUUAAAACCCUCAUUGGCAAUACAGAAAAUUCUGAAAACGAAAAAGUUUAAGUGUUUUGUUUUCCUAAGGAAAGCAACAGUUUCUGCACAUACACAAAAAAAAAGAAGAAACGGAAGCAAGAAAAGAACAUUUUUUAAAUACAAACCUCUUAUUUUUUUAUAAGUAAUUUAAAUUCACUUAGAUUUUCCAUUUGUCCUGGACCACGUGAAAGCGUGUAAUCCCGUCACCCUGCAGCCGUUACAAGGAAUCAACACCGUUACCGGGAAGUUGUGGUCACUACAAGUGACACAAAUGAAUGGUAUGGAUACGACAACGGUGGUGUCACCACAACAAAACGGUACCAUUCAUAACACAGUUCAGACAGGCUCAAUAAUGUCCGAGGACAGCAAAACGAAUCUGAUCGUCAACUAUCUACCCCAGACUAUGACUCAAGAAGAAAUACGAAGUUUAUUCUCUAGCAUCGGGGAGGUGGAAUCGUGUAAACUGAUAAGGGACAAAGUCACAGGCCAGAGUCUCGGGUAUGGUUUUGUGAACUACAUUCGUGCAGAUGAUGCUGAGAAAGCGAUCAACACACUCAACGGGCUCAGGCUACAGAAUAAAACCAUCAAAGUGUCCUACGCGAGGCCUAGCAGUGAAGCCAUUAAAGGCGCCAACCUCUAUGUUAGUGGGCUGCCUAAGUCAAUGACCCAGCAAGAGCUGGAAAACUUGUUCCAUCCAUUUGGCCGGAUCAUUACGUCACGCAUUCUUUGUGAUAACAUCACAGGUAUUAAUAUCCCAGGACUGUCAAAGGGAGUUGGAUUUGUUCGCUUUGAUCAAAGAAUCGAAGCAGAACGUGCAAUCAAACAGUUGCACAACACGAUCCCGGAGGGCGCAACCGAGCCGAUAACCGUGAAGUUCGCCAACAAUCCCAGCAACAACGCUAAGGCCAUAACGCCGCUAGCAGCUUACCUGUCACCGCAGCGCCGGUUCCCGGGCCCAAUUCACCACCCGGCCAACCGCUUCAGGUACAUACCCCUGUCGCCGAUCUCCAGGUACUCUCCCAUUGCUGGUGACCUUUUGGCUGCUAAUCCGCUGUUGGCAGGCAAUGCUGUGAAUGGGUCUGGAUGGUGUAUGUUUGUCUACAACCUAUCUCCAGACACAGAGGAAAACCUUUUGUGGCAACUUUUCGGCCCUUUUGGUGCAGUUCAAAGCGUGAAGGUGAUCAGAGAUCUGCAGACUAACAAGUGCAAGGGUUUUGGUUUUGUUACCAUGACCAAUUACGAUGAAGCUCUGGUGGCCAUUCAAAGUCUAAACGGCUACACCCUCGGUAACAGGGUGCUUCAAGUAUCCUUCAAGACUAAUAAAUGCAAAGCAUAAAAUCCUCUAUCCUCCUUUACGCUUUGGAUAAUCCAACUGUGUGAGGUGAGGAAGAGGUUAUCUUGAUGGAUACUUAGAACUUCUUAACUCCUCUUCUCUAAUUCUGAAAACUUUUCAGAAGGAGGAUGGGGAUAUAAAAACUGUAUUGAGAUAUUUAUAACCUCUACGAAUCGCCUAUUGACUACUCAUAAAUCCUAGUCAUCGGUUGUAUUUAAUGGUUAACAUUUUCUAUAACAAAAUUUCUGAAAUCAAGUUUACAAACCGAGGAGGAAUUUCGCGAAAAUAAUAUAUUAAUGAGAAACUUGUAAUAAAGCACAUAUUAGCGUGUGCUAUUCUUAGAAAAGACGUUUAUUAAUAAGUUUGUUGAAUGCUUUAUUAGGCUUUGAGAGGCUUAUGUGUGGGCAUCUGGAAUGGAUAUCAAAAUUGUAAUGUAACCACCGAGUGGCUUUACUUUGUCGUCCACUUACUAUUUUUUUGGAAAUUAGGAUGAUCUCAAUUCAUAUUCAAGGAAAAACAAAAAAUCUAGUCAGAGUAAGCCAAAGAAAAAAAGCCAAUGCCAGACACGUAGUUUUUAUGUCGUAAGUAUUUAUUCACUUUAACAUAUUUUACAUAUGUUUUGGUCGUAGAAAAUAAUCCAACAGUUGUUGGCUAUCCCAUCGGUAUUUAUUACUGUUUAUCGUAUUGGCACUCUGUUUCCUUAGCUUCGAUGGUAAAACAAGGUUUAUUUAAAGUAGAGAGUAAAGGUAAAAAGUGUUGCACCUUUUUUGUUUAUUUCAAUUUUUAUAGUUUUUGCUGUCAUUUUGUUUUGUAUUGCAUGUGUUUUUAUUUAUUUUCAAAGCCUUUAAAUUACUCGUUCAAUAUUUUGUAACCCCUUUAUUUUUUAUUUCAAUUAAACAGUCUUCAGUUACAAUUACUGAUUUGGCUAUUUUACUUCUUGUUCACUUUGAUAUGUGGAAAUUCUUUUUAUACCUUACCCAAAUACGUUCCUGUGGAUAAAAAUGUCUAACAAUCUGCAUGUAUUACUUCUUUUGUGUCAAAUUUAUUUGGGUGCAUGUUGUCAAAGAAGGGGGGGGGGAGAAUAUGUUUAGAAUGAGCAUAAUGCAUUCCUGUUUACCAUACACCAAACCGUUGAAUGAAAAACAAAUCUUAAGCCAAUACCACAGCCACUAUCUUAACUUCUACAAGAGAAGUAUAUUUUUAUAAAGCAUUCAUAAAAAUCUUUGAUUAGAGCAAGGCUCUUGGCAGAAGUAUUUGGAUCACGCUACAGUUUGAUGAUACUCAUAACAAAAUACUCACUCGUAUGUUUAAUAAAUUGGUUCUUCCAGUAGGGGGCGCGUGUGUUUCAUAUGUUGCGUCCAACGAAGAUAUUUGGUAAUAUAUUUGAUCAGUUAGGGAUAUUUGAAUAUAGUACAUACUAGUAUAAAUGCGAAGCAUACAAACAAGUAAAAUCCAUGCGUCGUGAAUUAUAUUGUACAGAAGCCAUCGUUAAAUUGUGGAAUUUUGAUAAAAAAUUGUUCUUGCCUAUGAGGUAUAUGUUAACAGUGAAGGCCUAUGUAGCCCGAAGUAUGCAUUGGAAAUGAUAUAGUGGUGUAGUGUUAAGUUCAAGUAAAUUGAAUUUUCACUUAAGUUUUUAUAAAUUUUCUUUAAACUUCCAUAUCUAUUCUCGAUCAAUAUGACAUAAAUUGUUUGCUUAGAGAAAAUCUCUCCGAUUUUUUUAUUUCUAUGCCAUUCUCUUCAUAAUUUCUUUACAGAUAGUGAUCCUUUUUGCAUAAUAUGUGAAAAACUGUUUUCAGCUUCUAGUUGAUAAACUAUACUUCUAUUUGUGAAAUUACUUUAAAUUCCAGUUCAGACUUUGAUAAAUUUCGAUACAAAUUCGAAUUUUAAUAUUAGAGUAGAUUCAGUCUUGACUAGAUUCAUUCCACAAUUCGUUGGGCAAUGUUUUAAUUACCUACCAUCUAACGCCACUAGAGAGGGUUACUUUAAAAGCCCCUCUCCCCAAGUGGUUUAUGUUGGUUUAUUCCUGUGAUUUUAUGAAUCAUUCCAUUUUUGAAUUUUUUUAGAUAACUAAGAUUUUUUGAUGCAAUAAAAUGUUUCUGAGUGUUAUUGGCAGAAAUAAUUCCUGGAGAAACCUGGCGGUGUAGCUUGAGAAAAUGAGGCUGUUACACAGAUCAGUUUAUCAUUACAUCUAUGGGAGAAAACCUCUCUCCUCUCUAGCAGCAGUUUUCUUUUAGAAUUAUUUACCAAUUUUUGUUAAAGUAUUGUACCGGAUAACGGUAGGGAUAGUAAAAAGCUCAGAAAGAGAGUGGUUCUAAGAGCAUCAAAUAUUGUCAUAUUAGGGAACUCAAAUAAUACAUUGUACCAAUUGUACGAGAGAGCAAUUUCGUAGUUGUAAAUGUUAGAUUAUAGAAAAAAAAAUAAUGAAAGAUCGCCCGAUAUUUCUUGAGGGGUGGUUUUAAAGCGUGGAGAAUCGUGAGAACAAAAUAUGGAUUGAUACGCCAUUUUAACGUGCUCGAAAAGCAAGUUCCAUCGUUAAACGUUAGCAGACUAUUUAACGUGAUAAAACCCUCUGUAAGGUUUAUAUCACUUUAAACCCUUGCAUCAAGUAUAAAAUAUCAACGUUGUCCUGAAUACUGGAUAUAGUUCACAUAUUAACACUAAUGUAAAAUGAAGUUCAAGGUAUAUCAGUCUUGAAAAAUUCGUUCUGAACUUUCUUACCUCUUUUUCAUCGUUAUCAAAUUCCCCCAACCUCUCUCUCAUAUAUACAUACAGACGAAGAAAAUUGAAAUACAAGUAACAGUGACACAUUUUAGUUAUGCGUCACAGUUUUUUGCAUUGGUGCUAUAGUAUGUAAAACCAGUUGAUGGAACUUAAACUGCGGUGAUAUUAUAAUCUAGAUAACUAUUGUUGACAGAGAGCGGUUUUCUCCAAUUAUUUCAUUCCGAAUGGUUGAAGAAGUCAUAUUACGCUGUACAACUGCUUCAAGUUAAAUCAGUUAAUCAAAAGGCCUGAAAUUUGUAAAAGUCAAGCCAAACCGAGGUUCCUUCCUUCUCAAUAAUCUGCCAUUUAUGAGUUCAUUUUUAAAAUAAUUGAGUCCUAUUCAUGGUGUAUUAAGUUUUUAGUGAAUUUUGACAUCUUAUCUCCCCCUGUCAGUAUGAUUUUUUCUAGUCAACGUUUUCACAUCGGCCAUUCUAGUUAAAGAUGCUGUGGAGCAUACUUGCAUGAUCGCAUUCCAUAUACUUAAGUCCCAUGACGCCGAGACUCUGAGAAUAAAAAAAGUUUUCUAUAGUGGCAUAAUGAAAGAAUGGCAAAUCAGGAUUAUGCGUACAACUGUAGCCUACUUAAUUAGCCAUUACAAUGUAUUUAAUUACACCUAGACUAGGUUUUUGUGAUAAUUGUCAAUGUGUGUUGCUUUGCGGUAUAUUGGUGUUCAGUUGUGAUGUGUACUCUUGUAGCGUUUCAGUAAUUAUAUCGUGUUAAUUUUUUGUCAACUGAAAAUAUUUUAGCGUUAUUCAACAAGCUCCUCUUGCGAUAGAGUAGGCUUUUACCUCGUAUAUGAACUGUUUUAUCGUAUAGUAAUUUUAAUGUUAUUAAUUUAAUCUUUAAUAGUAUUUGAGAGACAUUUUGAUGUUUCUUGGUGUUACUACUGAAGUUUGCAUAUGUCUCCCAUAACUUUCGUCUUCUUUGAGUUACUUACCAACAAUAUAGCGCAACGCCAUCUACCGGUAUAGAAGAGAACAGUUUGAGAACUUUCCGCCUACUUAACUGGAAUGGCCAAAUUUUCCCACGGGAUUUCUUCAAGUUUUCAAGUAUGUAUUGCUUGCAAGUCACAAUUUGUGUUUUGACUGUUCUAUGGAGAGAGUUUAAAAAAUUUAAAGAGUUAAAAAUUAAAACAGCGAUUGGAAAAGUUAUCAUGAUACGUUGUUUAAUAGAAUGUGAUAUAUAUAUAUAUAUAUAUAUCUUGGUAAGGGGACUUGAUGGCCGUUGUCGUUUUCAGCGUAAUUUUGAUUGUACUGCAAUAUUUGUA